UGGUGUCUGUAUGAUUCCACUACUCUCAGAGGCCUGUUUUUUCUCUUUCUCUUAGAUAUGGGUGAAAGUCAGAGAAAGAUAGGGAGGGAGAGAGAGAUAUAAGAAGGCCGUUCGUAGCACCUCUCCACUGUUCAUGAAGCUUCCUUCCUGCUGGUGGUGGUUGGGAGCUUGGACCAGGAUUCUCAUGUACGGUACUAUAGAUGCUCUACCAGGUAGGUGUUUUUAGGCAGCAGCCCCGGACCACGUCAGGUAGGCUUUGUUAUCCCAGCUCUCUGUUCGCCUUUAGUUUUAUCUCAUCGUAUGUCCUUCCGAGCAGUGGACCCUGCACAGACUCUCACAGACCUUGGGACAGUCCGCAUUGAUCAUGCUCUCAGGUAGAGAUGUCCUCACCUGGUUCUGGGAAUUGUCAUGAGAGAGUCUGCCCAUUUAGACAGCACUGAGCUAUGCACUAAACACAAGGUCUAAAGUUCAUCCACCAUCUGUCAGGGAAUGGUCUAAACUGCCAUGGGUCCUUCUGCAAGGCCGUUCAAGGGGUCCAAGAUUCCCAUUUUGGGCCUGGUCCUUCUGACUUGCGUUUUCUAUUUCAAGUUCCACUGGCCAGAGAACACCAUCUAUCGGCCCCCAGAACCCCGCCAGGCCUCCAAGCACAUGGACUCCCUGUCUCUCUCGCCCUCCCUUCCUAAGGGGCUCAACAACCUGUCCCACCUGCUCUACUGGCCCCCCACCCCAGGACACGGAGAGGACCUGUUGGCCUCCACUAGUGCCCAGAGCUCCACCUACCAGCUGAGGGGCCCUGCCCAGCACAACUACACCCUGGGGGGCUCCCUGAAGGCCAUUCUGGUGGCCAGAGACCACAGGGGCCACCCCAAGACCCACGGCGGGGACUUGUUCAGGGCACAACUGCUGGGCCCCGACCUGAAGGCGGGGGUCCCUGGGGAGGUGCAGGACCUGGAGAACGGCACCUACCUGCUGUCCUUCCCGCUGCUCUGGGCCGGGCGGGCCCGGGUGCUAGUGCGGCUGAUCCACUCCAGCGAGGCUGUGGGAGUUCUGAGAAGGAUCUGGACACAGGUGGGGGCCACCGUGGACUUCAGAGGCUACUUCAGGGGCCCCUCAGGCACCGAGGAGACUGUGGUUUGCAAUGUGGACCCGUGGUCAACCGGGGCACAGGGGUCCGUGUGUCAAUACAAGGACAAGGAGUCGGGGGAGCUCUGGUUUUGCGCCCAGCCCCCAACACUGCCCUGCGACUCACUGGUGGGACACUCGAGUGGAAGCUACCUGAAAGUCACCACCCAGCAGGACGAGGCCCUGCUGGCCGGGAAAGUGACAGACAAGGUUCUCCCCCAGGGCAUUGCCCCCAUCCUGAUCAGACCAGCAGUCUCAGGGAACAGCAGUCUCAGCCUGGCUUUGUCCCAGAAGCGCCUGUGUGGCCCUGGCCUUCCAGCCUCCACGCCCUCAGGCUUCUACCACCUUGACGUGUGGCACCCGCUGGCCUGCUCCAGUCGCUCCUUCCCCUCUGCAGACAGCAUCCUGAGCUGCCUGGCUGGCCGUGUGGUGCACAUGAUGGGGGACUCCACGUUGCGGCAAUGGUGGGAGUACCUGCGCGACACCGUGCCCUCCCUGAAGCCGGUGGAUCUGCAUGUCCCCUACCAGGCAGGUCCCCUGAUGGCCGUGGACACCUCCCGGGGGACAGUUCUGCACUGGCGCGCCCAUGGCCGGCCGCUGCGCUCCCUGCGCACACCUGUGGCCUCCUUGCACUCCGUGGCCCAAGAGUUGGGUGGCCUGGCUGGAGGUCCCCACACCGUGGUGGUGCUGGGCUUGGGUGCCCAUUUCACCACCUUCCCCCCGGCUGUGUUCGCACAGCGCCUGGCGGGCAUCCAAGCAGCCGUGUCCACACUGCUGGCCCGCGAGCCCCGCACACUGGUGGUGGUCAAGUUGGCCAACACUGGCUACAAGUCCGUGUACGGCAGCGACUGGCUCACUCUGCAGAUCAACCGGCUCCUACGGGCCGCAUUCACUGACCUGCCCGUGGCCUUUGUGGACGCCUGGGACAUGACCUCCAGCCUGGAGCUACCUGAUGAGAUCCACCCCAGGAGGCUGAUCGUGCGCAACGAGGUGGACAUGCUCCUCUCCUUCAUCUGUCCCCACUGAGCCCGCCUGGGGUAUCAGCCCCAGAGCCCUCCUCUUCUCUGUGUCUGCCUCUCUGCCUUCUGUGGGACCUAGGGCCAGAGAACUGGAGUGUGGCUGGUGUCUCCAGAAGACUGGGGGUGACCCAGUGCUUUGAGACUUUAAUCCCCAUCUGGACAUGUGGACUGAGGACCAAGGACAGCUGGAGAGGACCACAGCAACCAGGAAAGUGAUUCCAAGUGAUUGAGAGCUGACACCGAUUCAGACAAGUUCACCCCCCCAAAACAACAAAAAUAAAAAAUUAUCAUCCAGGGUCCAUCUCUGGAGGAAUCCAGAAGACCAGCCUUUCACAUGAAUCACUGUGUCACACAUAGAGGAGUGUGAUUUUACUGAAAUAACACAUUUUGCACAACUUAUUUUUUUGUGGGGGUGCAGGGGAGCUUUUAUGGGUUUAAUUGUGUGUUGUGUAGUUGUUGGCAACAGCGCCCCCUCAGUAAGUGUGUUGCAGUGGGAGCAUGUUGCAAAAUGGUCAAAGAGCAUCACAGACCAGCUGUGAAUGUGGCUUCCCCAAUCAGGUGUUUAGUUUUUGUUUGUUUUUGUUUUUGUUGUUGCCAACAGUGUCACUGUUGUGGCUCGGUGCCAGCACAGCUCCACCAUUACCAGUGGCUGGUUUUGUUUGUUUCUUAGAGAAAAUAAAGAAAGUGAGAUCCCUAAAGCACCACUCUACCACUCGUAAAGCUUCCUUCACACAGGUGAGGAUCAGGGUCUUGAACUUGGGUCCUCAUACAAGGUAAUGUGUGCACUCUACCUUCUGUGUCACUAUCUCAGAUGUGAGACACACAUUUAUGACCUUAUGUACCUGUAUGAGCUCUUUGAAGGCUGUAUUUCCAAAUAUAGUCAAAUUUGGUGGCUAGGGCUUCAGCAUAUUGAUUUUAGGGGGACAUAGUUCAGAGGUAAAAUUGUAACAACGCCAACAUUAACUGAUAGAGGUUUAACCAGGUUAAACACGCACGCGCACACACACACACACACACACACACACACAUUUAAAAAUGUACUUUAGUUACAAAUAAAGUGGUUCAUGCUGGAAGUCCCCUAAUAUACAAGAAUAAAUAAAGACCAAUUCAAUGGUAAGAUUUUAUGACGGUACUUAUAAACCAACAAAAUAAUAAUAGAAUCUGUUUUAUUAAGGAAUGUAAAUUAGGAGGGUGCUGGGUGGUGGCAUACCCAAUUGAGUGCAUACCUUACCAGGUGCAGGACCUAGUCCCCAAGUAUAGAUGAAUAUAUUUUUUAUUAUCCCAGGGUACUCAAUGGGGUUCAGUGAUGGCAUACAAAUCCACCAAUCCUACAAAUCCAAAGUGACCAAAGUGUUGG